AACUCAACACACACGCUCUCUCCAUUACCCACAUGUCCAUCUGCGAACGGGGGGCUUUUCUGCAUGGCGGGAUUUUGCUGUUUUAGCAUUGUGAAGGCGUGUGGAAUAUAAAGACUGCAUGCAGAAACGUGGAUUCUGAGCGUGCAUGUGUGUGUCUCGAAGCGCAGAUUGCAGUAAUAGUGUAAUACAUAGAGCUGGAUCUCUAAGCGAUUGAGUUCUCAUCUUUAAUGGAAGGACUAUAUCACGAUAUUUCAAGAAUUUCCUAUUACUCAGAAUAUGACAGACACCUAGCGUACAGUAAAGGCAUGGCGACGGCGUACCUGGAGCCCAGCCUGAGCCACGGCGGGGGGGUCAAAUCUCGGCUCAGUGGGGGAACAGAGCGCUCCGCCCCGUGUCCUGACCGUGUCCUCAAGGUCAUCCACCACUUUGAGAGCAAGAGUGAGCACAGCGAGCACAGCACAUGGUGCAGCAACAUCCGUCACGGAGACGCCACCGAUGUCCGGGGAAUCAUACAGAAGAUCGUGGACAUCCAUAAAGUGAAAUGUGUGGCAUGUUUCGGCCUUCGCCUCAGCCAUGUCCAAUCAGGCGAGGUCCACUGGCUUCACCCCGACAUGGGCGUAUCUCACGUGAGGGAGAAAUACGAGCAGAACCGAUCACAGGACGAGUGGAGGUAUGAGCUGCGGAUCCGCUACCUGACAAAGGGCUUCCUGAUUCAGUUUAGUGAAGACAAACCAACGCUGAAUUUCUUCUACCAGCAGGUGAAGAAUGAUUACAUGUUAGAAAUAGCCGAUCAGGUCGACCAGGACAUUGCGCUCAAGCUGGGAUGCCUCGAGAUCAGGAGAUUUUACAAAGAAAUGAGAGGAAAUGCUUUGGACAAGAAGUCCAACUACGAGCUGUUAGAAAAAGAUGUUGGUCUCCGGCGGUUCUUCCCCAAGAGUCUACUAGAUUCAGUCAAGGCUAAAACAUUGCGGAAGCAGAUUCAGCAGACGUUUAAGCAGUUCGCCAGCCUGAACGAUGAACAGAGCAUUCUCAAGUUCUUCGAGAUCCUUGCUCCAGUCUACAGAUUUGACAAGGAGUGCUUUAAAUGUGCUCUAGGGUCGAGCUGGGUUAUCUCAGUGGAGCUGGCUAUUGGUCCUGAGGAAGGUAUCAGCUACCUGACAGACAAAGGCUCAACACCGACACACUUGGCGAACUUCACACAGGUGCAGAGCAUCCAGUACUCGUGCAUGGAGGAGCGUGAGAGGAAGGGCAUGCUGCAGCUGGAUGUGGCUGGGGCGGCUGAGCCUCUCACUGUCACUACGCCGUCCUUCACCACGGCAGAGAACAUGGCUGACCUGAUAGACGGUUACUGUCGCCUGGUCAACGGCGUUACCCAGUCCUUCAUCGUCAGGCCUCAGAAAGAGGGAGAGAGAGCACUUCCAUCUAUCCCAAAGCUUGGAAACAGUGAGAAGCGGUUAGAAGCUGUUCGAGCUGGAGUUCGUGCCAUCUCUGUAUCAGAAGAUAUUAGUGGGGAUGAAACAGACGACUAUGCAGAGAUCAUAGACGAGGAGGAUACAUACACAAUGCCUUCCACCAGGGAUUAUGAGAUCCAGCGUGAGCGCAUCGAGCUGGGCCGCUGCAUAGGAGAAGGGCAGUUUGGAGACGUGCAUCAAGGGAUCUACGCCAGCCCAGAGAACCCUUCUCUGUCUGUGGCCAUUAAAACAUGCAAGAACUGCACCUCGGAUAGCGUGCGGGAGAAAUUCCUGCAGGAAGCUUUGACAAUGCGGCAGUUUGACCAUCCUCACAUCGUCAAGCUGAUCGGUGUAAUCACGGAGAACCCGGUCUGGAUCAUUAUGGAACUCUGCACUCUUGGCGAGUUGCGGUCGUUCUUACAAGUGAGGAAAUACAACCUGGAUCUGGCAGCACUGAUUUUGUAUGCCCACCAGUUGAGCACAGCUUUGGCUUACCUGGAAAGCAAGAGAUUCGUGCAUAGGGACAUUGCUGCCAGGAAUGUGUUAGUGUCUUCCGCAGACUGUGUGAAACUUGGAGACUUUGGACUCUCCAGGUACAUGGAGGACAGCUCCUAUUAUAAAGCCUCCAAAGGGAAACUGCCAAUCAAAUGGAUGGCACCAGAAUCCAUAAACUUCCGCCGCUUUACCUCAGCCAGUGAUGUGUGGAUGUUCGGUGUGUGCAUGUGGGAGAUACUGAUGUAUGGCAUCAAGCCUUUCCAAGGUGUAAAGAACAACGAUGUGAUUGGGCGAAUAGAGAACGGCGAGCGCCUGGCCAUGCCCCCCAACUGCCCACCCACCCUUUACAGCCUGAUGACAAAGUGCUGGGCAUACGACCCGGGCAAGAGGCCACGCUUCACCGAACUCAAGACUCAGCUCAACACCAUUCUGGAGGAGGAGAAAGCUCAGCAAGAAGAACGCAUGCGUAUGGAAAUGAGGCGUCAAGUCACAGUGUCCUGGGACUCGGGUGGAUCAGAUGACGCUCCCCCCAAACCCAGCCGACCAGGUUAUCCCAGUCCCCGGUCCAGUGAAGGUUUUGUCCCGAGUCCACAGCACGCAGGCCAGCACAAUCAUUACCAGGGACCGGGUUACCCUUCAUCUCAUGGCAUGCCUCCAAUGCCUAGUGGAGGAUACCCUGCCCAGGCCUCUGUUCUGGAGCCACAUGAGACCUGGAACCACCACAGACAAGACGUACCUGUGUGGUCUCCUAAUAUGGAGGAUGGAGGUGCUCUGGACAUGCGUGCACUGGGUCAGGGACUCCCAGCUCACUUAAUGGAGGAGAGACUGAUGAUGCAGCAGCAGCAGAUGGAGGAGGAUCAACGCUGGCUGGAGCAGGAGGAAAGCUUCCUGAAGCCGGAGUCGAGGAAUUCACGGGGCAGUAUUGACCGGGAGGACGGUGCUCUCCAAGGGCUGAUGGGUAACCAGCAUGUAUAUCAACCUGUGGGCAAAGCAGAUCCCGGCGCUCCACCUAAGAAACCUCCCCGUCCAGGAGCCCCAAGUCACCUGAGCAGCACAGCCAGCAUCAGCCCGGUGGACAGCUAUAACGAGGGCGUCAAGAUCCAGCCUCAGGAGAUUAGUCCACCACCCACAGCCAACCUCGACCGCUCCAACGAUAAGGUCUAUGAGAAUGUGACUGGACUGGUGAAGGCAGUGAUUGAGAUGUCCAGUAAAAUCCAACCUGCGUCCCCUGAAGAAUAUGUGCCCAUGGUUAAGGAGGUUGGACUUGCUUUGAGAAUGCUGCUAGCGACUGUGGACGAGACCAUCCCAAUUUUACCACCGAGCACACACAGAGAGAUUGAGAUGGCUCAGAAGCUGUUGAACUCGGACCUGGCCGAGCUGAUUAAUAAGAUGAAGCUGGCGCAGCAGUACAUGCUCACCAGCCUGCAGCAGGACUACAAGAAACAGAUGCUCACAGCUGCGCACGCGCUCGCAGUCGACGCCAAGAACCUGCUGGACGUAAUUGACCAAGCAAGGCUGAAGAUGAUCGCUCAGUCAAGGCCCUACUAGUCCUUUCCUCUGGAGCGUAAAGUUCAGGAGAGACAGAUCCUAUAAUAGCACAGGAGAGAGACGAGCGGACACAAUGUCCAAUGCUGGGACAGUACAGUGAUGUCAUAUACUGAAUCACAGCACAGCACAAGUGGCUCUUCAGAUGGAACACACCUCAUACACCUGACGUCUCACCACAAGAUUAUGAAAUAAGUCUUUUGUAUAGAGACCUAAAUACACAUGUUCUAUGGACUUGAAGAUACAAUGCUAAUCAAGUUUCUAUUGUCUUGUUUGUGCUGGCUGUUUUCUUUCUUUCUUUCUUUUUUUUUUUAAAUAAGUUCAGAGAUAAACUCCAGCAAGGGACACUUUUAUCUGAGAAAACACCGCAACUGGAAUCCACAUGGAAAUCAGAGCUAACACAGAGCCUGGAACAGCCUGAGCUUACCCAAAGGUGUUCUGCAGACACUUACACACUUCCUCUUUUGAACUGUUCUACAGCAAGAUCCUGUCAUUAUUCUGAUAAACACACACACACUGUUCUUUUUAUCCUCUGACUUCCACUCAGGGGGCACCUUGAGACACGACAUAACACAUCAUGCUGUUCAACAUCAUAUUCUGCACAAGAAUGCAUAUAUUUUUUAAAGAAUUAUCUAUGAAAUUAAGAUAAAAAAAAAAUAGUGUAUCUAAUACUGGGGUAUUAAUGGUUAUAAAAUGUCAUCAGGGACUGAAAACAAAUUCAAUUCAUUAAAAACCACCUAUUCAUAUCAGACAGUAAAGCACAGUUUUAAUAGCUCGAGGUUUUUCUUACUCGUCGCUUCCUCAAAGUAAAGCUUGUUAAUGUAAACAUAGACCACAUUUACCACAAAUCUCUACGUAUUUUCCCAGGCUGAUAAAGUCAGUCAUGUCGCCCCUGUGUAUAGUACAAUCUAUAAAUGAACCCACUUUGUCACUCUGAUAAAUUAUUCUCAGGAAAAAACUGACUGUACAGAACCUUUAACUAAUAAAAUGUGUUACUCUUGUA